AUAGGUUAUAUAACCCUUCCAUGGUUGCAUGUUCCGCUUAAAAAUAGCGGAACUGGGCUUGUCUUUGCGGCAGUCGCUUGCGAUUUUCCUUCGUCGCUUUUAGCACAUAUUCGGAUGUUUUGGGUUUCUUGCGUCUGCGCAGUUAUCAGCAUCAGACCCCGCCCCCGGUCAGCUUCCCUGUUGCUUCAACAAAUGUGAUCAGAUCCCAAUUCAUUUCAUUCCUUAAAACCAGUCUGCACAUACACACCUGCGCAGUUCAAACACAGCAUUGUACUGCAAUCUGACAUUGCAGAUUCAUAACCCUUUAGACUUUGUUCACUUCCUCAUUCAAUAUAUUUUCAUUGCAACCAGAAUCAGUCCAGCAACUAUGGCAAUAUGGACAGUACUCGCCGUUGCAGGCGGAGCUGUUUCUACAGUAGUUCUUGUUCCUGUUGCUCUGGGGGCAAUAGGCUUCACUGCAGGCGGGAUUGCAGCAGGGUCCACUGCAGCUGGAAUGAUGUCAUCGGCAGCUGCAGCCAGCGGUGGGGGGGUGUGCUGCAGGAAGUCUGGUGGCUGUGCUUCAGUCUGCCGGUGCUGCGGGCCUGUCAGCUGCAGGGACUGCAGUUACUGCGGGGGUCGGGGGGGCCGUGGGGUAUGUCGGAUCCGCAAUCGCCAGCAAGUUUGGAAAAUAGAAGAGAGCGGGGGAAACUAA